CCUGUGGAUGCAUUCAUUAUGAGUGGGCGCCCCAGGACGACAUCGUUCGCGGAAGGAGGCAAAGCCAGCGGUGGCCAGGAUUCCCCUUUCUACCGAUCCAUGCGGACCAUAAAUAAAGAUGGAAGUAAAGUAACUACAGUUUUAGCCACCCCUGGUCAGGGUCCAGACCGACCACAAGAAAUUGGCUAUGCCGAUACAAAAGUUAUUGGCAAUGGCUCAUUUGGAGUAGUUUACCAGGCCAAACUUACUGAUACGGGUGAACUGGUUGCAAUCAAGAAAGUUUUACAAGAUAAACGGUUCAAAAAUCGAGAAUUACAGAUCAUGAGAAAAUUGGAACAUCAGAACAUAGUAAAACUGAAAUAUUUUUUCUAUUCCUCAGGUGAAAAGAAAGAUGAAGUAUUCCUGAAUUUAGUCCUGGAAUAUGUUCCUGAGACUGUGUAUAGAGUAGCUAGACAUUACUGCAAGUCUAAACAGACAAUACCAAUCUUGUAUAUUAAGCUCUACAUGUAUCAGUUAUUCCGAAGUCUAGCAUAUAUUCAUUCCCAAGGCGUUUGUCACAGGGAUAUAAAACCACAGAAUCUGUUACUUGACCCAGAAACUGGCAUUCUGAAACUAUGUGAUUUUGGAAGUGCAAAAGUAUUAGUGAGAGGAGAACCAAAUGUGUCCUACAUCUGUUCGAGAUAUUACCGAGCCCCAGAAUUGAUAUUUGGUGCUACAGAUUACACAUGUCAAAUAGAUGUUUGGUCUGCUGGCUGUGUACUAGCUGAGUUGCUUUUAGGCCAGCCAAUCUUCCCUGGAGACAGUGGUGUUGAUCAGCUAGUGUUUCGUCCGCGCACCCCUUCAGAAGCCAUUCAGUUAGUGAGCAAGUUGUUGGAAUAUACACCUUCUUCUCGAAUCUCUCCACUCGAUGCCUGUGCUCAUCCAUUCUUUGAUGAAUUGAGGGAUAUAAGUACUCGCUUACCUAAUGGGCGAGAUUUACCUCCUCUUUUUAAUUUUACAUCCCAAGAGUUGACAGUUUUUCAACCACACCUUAGUAAUAUGUUGAUCCCGCCACAUGCUCGACAAGCCAAUUCUGAUGAAGCUUCAACUUCUACUGGUGGGCCUGUGAACUCAGAAAGUGCUUCAGCGCCCAAUGCAGCUAAUGAUGCAGCAACUCCUCAAGGGGCCACAGGAGCUGCUGGUGGAAGUGCUUGACACAACAAGAUUUUCAAAGGAUCAUUUCCAGCAUUCAGAUCUUUGAGAACACCAUUGUUAAUUCCACUGACUCGUCUUCUACUGUCUGUAAACAAAAAUUACAAAACUGACUCUAAAGAAGUAAAACAAUGAUCCAUUUUGUGUUCUGCUGUGCGCAACUGUUUAUAAACUGCCAGUACAGACAGCCAGAAAGGCAAACACAUACAUGCACACCAAUACACACAAAAACACAUUAUUCCUACUAUUAAUUGUUCUAAAUGGUUUACAAUGACAGAAGUGAACAUUUUACAGUUUAGUACCAUUUUGAGUUGAUUUUACUGCCCAAACAGUAGGAUGUGUGGUUGGCUUUCAAAAUGGUUAUGGAAGUCAAAAAAGGACCUUCUGUAUCAGGCAUAAAAAAAAAAGAAAAAAAUCUGUGUUCCUGGGCUAUGAAGUUCCCCCUCAUUGUUUUAAUUUUGUUUCUUCCCUUUUUGUUUUUGUUUUCUUUCUUUCUUGAGAUUCCAGUUGAGGGAGGCUGUUUGUAUUGUUAAUAGUCGUCUCUGUCCUCCACUGGUGUUGUGUUCUCUUACUGCUACUGACUGAUGGUCACCAUUUGCAUUGUAGCUGUUGCUGUUAGCAGCUUGUAAGUAAUACUUAAACUAACACACCCACCCAUACUGCAACAACAGCAACAAGACACCAUUUAAAAAGACAAAUAUAAGAAAAUAUCUUCAGUCCCUCCCUUUUGCUUUCCUCUGAUUCUUUCUCUCCUCCUCCUUCUCUUUCUUUCUCUCAAUCUCUCUUAUUCCUUCCAUAUUGUCAUUCCUCUUCAACUGCUAUAACAAGUUCUAUUUUAAUCUAUUUUAUUCCCUAUCUCUUAUUUAUUUCAAUGCAUGAACAAAGAUUAUAUACAAAAGACAGAAGAAUGUUAAUGCUGAUCUCUCCAAGAAAUAGCUUUUAAGGGCUAUAUACACACAUGUACAUAUCUAGACAUGUACAUACUCAUAAAUAUGUGAAUGUGUGUAAAUGUCUUUAAAUAUAUGACUUUUCAAAACAAUAAUUAAAAGUGUUAUAAAAGAUCUUUAUUUAUAAGAAUCUACAUUUUUUCUCUUUUCAAAUAAACUUAGCAAGGGCAGGGAGUUAGUUUUCUAAUUUAUUUUCUUUGGGGCUUUUGAUUAUGUCCCUUUGAUAUUGUUUUGAUUACACUACAGUGCAAGCAGAUAUUGUUAUAUAUCACAGUCAGUUGCUCCUGUUUUAGAACAAUGCAGAAACUGCUGCAUACUGCCAGUUAUUUUCAGUUACUAUACAAAAGAAAAUUAGCUUUUAUUGCUCCCUGUCAACUUUAUUUAGAACUACUUUUUUUUAAUACUCAAGCUUACCUAGUGAAAUAGUAAAACAAAAAAUGGAAUGAUAGGUAUCUACUCCCAGCAACACCAGAUUUCUUGUCUAAUGUACCAUGAAAAAUAAAAAAGAAAAAAACAAACAAAAAGUCUGAAGUUAAAUUUUUAUUUAAAGAGAAAAAGCAGGUAACUUAAUUUUUGUAUUGUGGAAAGUGGCAGUUGAUUUGUUUUGAAAAUUUUCCAGAUGUAAUAGUUUUAUUUAUAAAUUGAUAAUACAAAGCUCUUAAGAAAUGUGGAGACAACAGAUUAUUUACCAGUCAUUUGUUUAGCAGAUGUUACCAUAAAAGACUGGGAAAAUCUGUUGAUUAUUCUGUGAGUCUGCUUUAUUAACCCUGUUCAGUGCUGCCCUCACUCCCAUGAUGAUCACUUCCGCUAUUCCUACCACAUUUUGAUUAAUUGAAAUAACUCUGUUCCUAAUAUUUGAGGACAUUCCCUACUGCUUAUCUACAUCCCUCUAUGCAUUUAGAGUUGGGAUGUAACAGCUUUUCUUCUUGUAAAUAGACUUGAAAAAUAUUUCCCCUCCCCAUUCAAACCCUGACUAUGUAUGUAGAUUUAUAUUUCUCUCCUAGCAGUCCAGUGAUAUUUGCUUUGGCAGCUUUUCUGCAGCUCACUGAUUUUCAGCCAUUCCCAUUAUGGCAAACAUCUGUUUUUGGUCAAUUACUAUUUUGUGACCCUUUCCGCCUCAGUGCAAUUAUAUCUUGACAUUUAUGUAGUCAGACUGGAUCUUCACCUGCUAUUGUAGAUUGGGUUUGCAUCACACCUACAAAUUAUUAGAAAUAAUUGGAUCAUUAAUUUUUAAAUAAAUAAACAUAUUUUGUCCAUAUGA